UUCAACUCGCUUUGUUAAAAAAGUUCUCUUUUUUAUUGGAUGAAUUCAAAAUAAGUUUUAUGCCUACGCAAAAUACGCUUUUUGAUGCUGCAUAUAAAAGAAAGCAUAUGUAGUCUUUUACCAUAUCUAACUCCACCGAGCAGGAAGAAAAGUAGACAUAUACACUGAACAAACUAAACGAGGUUUAACAAAAUAAUUGUAUAAAGAAACAUUGAAGGAACAAACGAUGGCUACUCCUACGAAAAAAAAUUCAAUUACGGAUGUCUUAAUUUUCCGUCCAAGGUAAAACGUUAACUAAUGAUUUCUUGUGUUAAUUUAUUAAUAAAUAAAACUGAUUGAAUCUAGAUUUUUUAACUGCAUACAAAAACAAUUAUACAUUAAGUUAUCAUUAAAGAUAAUUCUUUAAUGAACUUAUCAUUUUAACUAUUUAAAUAAAAGUUAAAAUUUGUGCUUAUAAUUAUUUCCAAUUCAUGUCUAUUUUUUGCAUUUUUUUGGUUGCAUUUAUAAAUCUGCACCCCAGUUCAAAUUUAUUCUAAGCCCAAUUUUGCCUAAAGAAAAGCACAGGUAUGGGGAAGAAAUUGCCGAUGUUACUAUUAAGGAUAUGUGACAAGACAAAAACAAAUCCACUGCGCAACUUGAGCUGCCGAAAAUAGGUCGUGGAAGUCGCGCUACAUAAAUCAAAAGAUUUUAUCAAUAAACAUACCAAUUGACUAAAAUGUGUAAUAAUGAAAUUCAAUUUUUAAUAAAUGGGAAAUAUUAACACAAUGAAUCUCAUAAAUAUCGAAUAUUUUCAUAAACGACAUAGCCGUUCCGAAUUACGAUAAUGUUUUGACAGAGCAGACGAUGACGAAAUAUCGCAAACAUGGCUUUAAGUCGGCAGGAAAUGCAACCAGAUACUCUAAAGGAACAGCUGCACAAUAUCUGCGUUGGACCAGACCGAAUAGACCCCCUGAUCACGAUUAUUUCUGCAGUGAUCACGGUCCAGAUUUAUCACAUGUAGAAAGAGAAGAAGAAGUUGCGGAGUUAACUAAUCUUCAUACCUAUAAGGAAUGCAAAGAAUGGAGACUAGGGAAACGAAAAGUUGAGCUAGAUGUGCUAGCAAAAGGACUGAGUGCCUGUGGGAAGUGUGGCUUGCCCCUCAAUUUAGACCACACUAAGGAAAUCCAGACUUAUGGUCUUGGGUCACUUUUAAAAGUACAGUGUUUCAAUACAAAUUGCGUGAACAUCAACCAUAUUCCAACUGGAAAGAAACAUGACCGAAUAUGGGAUGUGAACACAAAUGUGUGUAUGUAAAAAUAUAUGUAUACAUGCAUGUAUAUACAAUUUUCAUAUUGUCAAAACAUUAUAUUCAUUCACUUAGGUA